AUAAACACAUUCCUCCAAGCACAAAUUUGUAAUCAUCAACCAAAUUCACAACCAGCUUUGGACUUUGGUGACUAGCACACUUGUCUUUCUUCUGCUUUAAGACAUGGCCUCUAAAGUUACCUUAAGCAGAUUGGUCAUAGUUUCCCUUGUAUUUUCUCUAGCCCUACCAGGCACUCUCGGAGGGAUAGAAUGUGAGAAUCUAAACGAGGAAACAUGUUCAUUUGCUGUUUCAUCUAGCAGCAAAAGGUGUGUACUUGAAAAACAUGUGAAAAGAACAGGUGAAGAAGCAUACACAUGCAAAACAUCAGAGAUAGAAGCUGAUAAACUAAAAGACCACAUCGAAAGCGACCAGUGCAUAAAAGCUUGUGACUUAGACAGAAAAUCACUUGGAAUUUCAUCAGACUCGCUUCUUGAAUCUCGCUUUACAGAGAAACUGUGUUCCCCACAGUGCUACAUGAGUUGUCCAAAUAUUGUUGAUCUUUACUUCAAUCUUGCAGCUGGUGAAGGUGUGUUUCUUCCUAAGUUGUGUGAGGUUGGUGGUGUAAAUGCUCGUCGUGGAAUGGCUGAAUUGAAAAGCUCUGGGAUUGUGGCACCGGGACCUGUGUAUCCACCAGUGGAGUUUAUAGCUUCACCUCCACAGCCAUGUACCUCUGGGGAUAUACCGGUGGCAGCCCCAUACUAUCCACCGUACUAAAUUGUUGCUUAAUUAACGAAAGAUGAUAUUUUAACACAUAAAUUCGACAUACAAAUUUGACAAUUUACAUGGUUAAUGUAAAACAAAUAUAUGUUAAGCAAAUGGAGUUAGGCUUACUACAAUAUUUUUAGUUUUACUACUAAUUAAGAAGUUUGCAACUACAUAGGACUGUAGGAGUGCUUAGUAAUAUCACUAUAGGGUGGUAAUAUGUAAGCAGCUGGAAGUGGAAUAAUUUUAGUUUUUUGGAUACAAAUGUAAGAAGGAUAAUUAUAUCCUUAAGUA